CGAGGUCACGUGAAAGGCUCCAUCUAAACAGCUGCAAAUGGGCGCUGGCUGUGGGGUGCAGCCUGAUGCUGGCAAGGGAUUCUGUGUCAGAAGAAAGUGACUCCAUUAAUCAUGACCAGCAAUCUGGACAUUUUUGUGGGGAACACGACCUUGAUCGAUGAGGAGGUCUAUCAACUGUGGCUAGAUGGAUAUUCUGUGGACGAUGCCGUCUCUCUCCGCCUGCGCUCUGGCAUCCUGGAGCAGACCGGAGCCACGGUUGACGUCCUCCAGAGUGACACCAUGGACCAUUACCGCACUUUCUACAUGCUGGAGCGUCUCCUCCAUUCGCCCCCCAAGUUGCUGAACCAGCUGCUUUUCCAGAUCCCGCCUUGCCGACAGACCAUGCUGAUUGAGAGGUACUACGCCUUCAAUGACGCCUUUGUCCGUGAGGUCCUGGGUAAAAAACUAUCAAAAGGAACCAAGAAAGAUCUGGAUGAUAUCAGUGCCAAAACUGGGGUGACCCUGAAUAGCUGCCGCCGACAGUUUGACAAUUUCAAGCGUGUUUUCAAGGCCGUGGAGGAACUGCGCGGAUCUUUAGUUGAAAAUAUUCAACAGCACUUCUUGCUUUCCGAUCGCUUAGCCGGGAAUAACGGCGGAAACAAACAAACCAACAAAUGGCUCACUUUAUUUGUCCUGGCAGAUACGAACGUGGACGACAUGGACGUCGACUUGGAUAAAGAAUUUUUACAGGGCCUGAAAGAGUUAAAGGUUCUGAUUGCAGACAAAGAUCUGCUGGAUCUGCACAAGAGCCUGGUCUGCACUGCACUGCGGGGGAAGAUCUCCGUCUUCAGUGAGAUGGAAGCCAAUUUUAAGAAUCUCAGUCGGGCUUUGAUCAACAUUGCCUCGAAGCUUACCCACAGCAAAGACGUCCGAGAUUUUUUUGUUGAUCUAGUGGAAAAGUUUGUGGAGCCGUUUCGAUCCGACAAAUGGAGCUCAAACGACGUGCAGCUUUUCCUGACCCAGUACACAGCCAGCGCACACUCGUUGGAAGUGUUCAGGCAUCAAGUGCUUUGGGAACGAUAUAUGGGUACCCUCAAGGCCUGCCUCCUCAAGAUAUACCACGACUGAACCCCACUAUCUUAAUUUCUUUUUUUUUUUUCUUUAUUUUAAAUAGAUGUUAAUAUUCCCUCUAGGGAGAGACCCGGUGCCAUUCCUCUGUGAUUGCUCUCCUUGCACCCGUAACCCAAAAUUCAUCCUCCCCCUU